AUGGCUCCCUAUGAGAAAUCGAUGGAGAUGAUGCCCUUCAAGCAACGGAAAUGCCUCGCAACCAGGAAAGAUGAAGUGUGCAGCAUUCGGUCCAAAUUCCCCAACAAGUUGCCUGUAAUCGUCGAACGGUACAUUCGUGAAAAAAACCUCCCACUAUUGGACAAGACCAAGUUCCUGGUUCCCUUCGAGCUGACCCUGGGUCAGUUCCUCUGUCUGCUCAGGAACAAGAUCAGUCUGGAGUCGAGCCAGGCUCUGUUCCUCCUGGUCUCGGAGAGGAGCAUGUCCUGUAUGUCCUCCAGCAUGGGGGAGGUCUACUCUCAGUACAGAGACCCCGACGGCUUCCUCUACAUCACCUACGCCUCACAGGAGAUGUUCGGGGCGUACCCGUCGGACACGACGCCGUGCUGA